AUGGAGGCGUACUGCAACGCAGUGCGUCGCCUCGAGGACAAGUUCGAUGGGCUCGAGCUCAACCACAUCGCGUGUAAGUACAACGAAGAAGCGGACCAACUAGCCAAGAUCGCGUCCGGGCGAACCACCGUUCCUCCGAAUGUCUUUUCCCGUGACCUCACCAAGCCGUCUGUUGACUUCAAGAACCCUACGGAAGCCAUCGGAGCGGCGCCCGGACCCUCGGGGGCUGCGACCACGGGGCCAUCGGCCGAGGACCCCUCGAUAGAGGAGCCCGAGGCCAUGGAGACUGACUUCGAGACCUCCUUUGUGGAUGAGGAUGAAGCAAUGGAGAUCGAUGAGGCCCCGCCUCUGCGAGACUGGUGCACCCAGUACCUUGACUGCAUGAUUCGAGGGGUCCUACCUUCGGACCGCACUCAGGCGCGGCGCAUUGCGAGGUGGGCCAAGUCCUUCCUCUUGAUCGACGACGAGCUGUACAAACGCAGUUCGGGUUUCUGA